CUUACAUUGACGGCUUCAGUUCGGUAUCAAAAUGUCUGCCGUGUCGUUGCUUCGUCGUGUCAUCGUGAAACAAAUUGCUGAUUUUUCUGGUGUAAACGCAACGGUGUCAUGUUACGUGCCGAAGAGAUAUAAAUAUAAGUUGAUAGAUCUUCCUAAGCCAGAUGAUCCUAGCAAAUCUUACAGAAGAAUCGUCCACUAUAAAGAUGAGUACACGGUAGAGCCUUUGGAGGUUACACACUUGGCGGGCAGAGAUCCAAAUACAGGUAGAGUAAUAGCCAAGGGCAUCGGUGGAGGCCUCAAGCACAAGUAUCAUUGGAUACACUGGAUUAGGAAUGGACCGAAAGACUUGAACGAGCCGCCGAGAAUAGACAAAGUUCUGGCUGUCUUCAAAGAUGGAUGUAGGACAUCGUUCGUGGCCCUGGUCGGCAGUGGCACGGAAUUGAGGUACAUUCUAGCCACUGAGAACAUGAAAGUGGGUGACCAAAUCAAAACCCACAUGGGCAUACCUCGAAACCCAGUCAGAGCAAUGGAGGGGGAUGCUUAUCCAUUAGGGGCAUUACCGGUUGGAACAAUAGUCCACUGCAUAGAAAAGUAUCCUGGAGUGGGUGGUUUUUAUGUCCACGCCGCAGGAGGCUAUGGAACGAUCAUGGCAAGGGACGGAGACGAUCGCAUGAUUGUUAAAUUGCCUAGCAAGAAACAGUUUAGUCUUCAUAGCACCUGUAUGGCGACGGUAGGGAGGCUGUCGAAUAUUCAACACGGGUCGACGCCGGUUGGCAGCGCACAAAAGAUGAGAGAGCUUGGUAAUCGACCUAGAAGUGGAUUAAAGCAAAAGAAGACUGGCAAAUUCGGACGGAAGAUCCGGAAACUGCCUCCAACUCGCAAGAUCGAUCCUUCACAGAGCAAUGUUAUGAAGGAAGUGAUCGAAUUGAACCACAACAAGCUGUAUUCAAGUAUCUAAACCAAAGAUGAACGCAUGUAGAAUAAAUGGAUCCUUUAUUGUA